AUGCAGGGCCAGGCAGCGGGCAGCCGGGCGCUGUGCUGUUCGCUGGCUGCCGUCGGGUUGCUGUCGGCGCUCAGCGCCGCGGGCACCGUCUUCUUGCUUGGCCAGUGGCGGGAGCUGAGCGCCACGCUGCAGGCGAUCCAGGACGAGGUGUCGCAGCUGCGACAGUCCCAGGUUCCGCCGAGCGCGCUGCGGCACCUCCGCGACAGCGGCGCCCCGUCGGACGGCGGCCUCGCCCAAGCGCCCGGCGGCCGCGACAAGAGGAGCCAGCGGAGGCGCGCCCUCGCCAAGAGCCACAUCCGCGCCGAGGACGAGGACAUGCUCAUGAUGAUGACCUACUCCAUGGUGCCGGUCCGGGUGAUGAUCGAGAUCUGCAACAGCACAAAGGGAGUGUGCUUGACAGGACCGCCAGGAUUGCCAGGUCCUCCAGGGCUUGAUGGACUGCCUGGUUUUAAUGGAUCAAAUGGCGAUUCUGGCAUCCCUGGUCAGAAGGGAGAAAUUGGAAAAAGAGGGAAACCAGGAUUGAAAGGAGAACCUGGAGAGAGAGGCGAAAAAGGGGACCCUGGCGAAAUUGGCUUGCCUGGGAAAGAGGGAGAGCGAGGAGAAAAGGGAUCGAGGGGUCCCAAGGGGGACAAAGGUGAUGCAAACAAUGAACUCAUGGCAGAAGGUGCGAAAGGUGAGCCAGGGCCUCCAGGGCCCUCCGGUCCUCCAGGGCCUCCAGGACCUCCAGGGCCACCUGGGAAGCGCAAAGCCAAAGCCCAAGUUCAGGAGAAAAUGUUCAGUUCAGAGUGUACAGGGGAGACCUGUGCUAUUCCAAAUGACGAUACCCUGGUAGAGAAAGGAAAAGAGAAAGGACACCUUCGUCAGCACAGAAAACCAGAAUGCACCAUUAAAUCAAUCGGAAACCCAGCUGAGAUUAUACAAUUAAGGCAGAGCUACGGAGCGUGGAUGAUGGAUCUUGCCAACAGAAGCGAUGAAAAAAUCUGGAUCGCUGAACAUUUUACAGGCCACAUGAUUAAAGAAUACGAGGACAUCUCUGCGCUGUGGAACAACAGCUACAGCACCAUCGAGCUCCCUUGGCAAUAUUACGGCUGUGGGCAUGCCAUUUAUAACAACACCUUGUACUAUCAGCGUGUUGGACGCAACAUUAUUGUGAAGUACGACUUUGCGACGCGGUCCUCGCAGACGCUCUCCAUCAAAAACGCCUGGUACUUUGAGCGCAAGUACCUCUUCGGCGCUUCCAAAUCCUACUUCAGCGUCGCCGUGGACGAGAACGGGCUCUGGGUGCUCUACCUCUCGAGGCCAGAUGAGCACAUCAUGGUGGCACACAUAGACGAGGACACCUUCUCGGUGCUGCGGCACAUCAACACCACGUACCCGCAGUCCAAAGCCGGCAACGCGUUCGUCGCCUGCGGGGUGCUGUACAUCACCGACAAGAACCACACGCACGUCGCCUUUGCUUAUGAUCUCUGGAGGGAAAGGCAGCUAGACACCAGCUUUGAGCUGAAACUGUCGCUAUCCGACGCAGGCUUUGCUUCCAAAGUGUCCCCAACCAAGCAGGACGAUUCAUCGUUUGUGCCCGUCCUGGCCAUGCUUUCCUAUAAUCAAGGGGACAAGCGCCUCUACACAUGGGAGCAUGGCUUCCUGAUGCAAUACCCUGUCCAUUUUGUUGGCUGAAUGCACUCGGUACACCAGUCCAUGGUGGCCCUCUUUGCCUGUCGUCCAUAUUGGAGAUUCGGCACUCCAAACCUUUCGACGUAAACAAUAGCACAUCUCCCAUUUGAGGAGAGUCACAAAGCAAUGUGCGUACAGACGGAGCGGCUUCUUCUUGUCUUCCUUUGUGUCCCCAGUGUAGAUGUCUAGAUUAUGUAGGCUUCUAUGGCUUUGCAGAACAAAGGCCGCUCGAUGUCGUAGCGAGUGGUGCAUGCCAGCAGAACCCCAAUGAGGCUUUUGUUUUGCAGGGAGGCUGAGAAAGGAACGCCCUUCCGAAUGCCAUGCGCUUCGAGCACCAACGGAGGCAUGUGGCAUCUCUCGUCAGAGGACCCCAUGAACGCGUCUAAAAGCCUGCAGCUCCCAUGCAGCGCUCCUUCUCAUGACCUGGGUCACAAUGGCACCAUACAUUUAAAGCAUGCUCGGACCACUUUCGCGUUGAAACGGUAGUUUUUGUUAAGGGUCCUGUGGAUUGGAGGUCUUGGGUUGUCUUCUAGCAGCCCCUGACACCCUUUAACCGACUGCAGUUGCCGGAUUUAAUUUGGGGGAAGCCAGAGCUGUAAAAGUGGCACAAGUGUCCUUUUAAAUGUAUGGCUGGGGUCCACGCCAGCCAUUUUUAAACUUGCGAGGGCUGUGCCCUCUGCCCACUAGCACAAGGCUUUUGUACCAGCAGGUGGGAGAUUUUAAAUCAAAUCAAUAACCUUUAUUAGGCAUGACAAAUUCAGAAGCUUCAGAACAAAGUUAUGAAUAAAACAUUCGCAUUAUAAACUUCAUGAAAUAAAAUACAUAUUAAUUGAAUUAAUAUUUUAGGACAAUAUAUCAAUUUUCAAUUAGCACCCCCUGGUCUCUCCACAGUGGCCCAAUCUCUCUGCGUAAACCGAGCACAAAAACUCAGCCACCACUAAAGUAACUCCAUCAUUAUUAUCUGACAAUAACCCCUGAAUAGUUGGCAUUGCUGCGAUCGAUGCAUCCACCUGCAAAGCAUCCAGCAAUCGUCUUCUCGCAUUAAUACCGUAAUUACAGGAAAAGAAAAUGUGGUCCAAUGUAUCUGGUUCAUUCUUCCCGCAUUUACAUAAACGUUCGGCUUUUGGGAGAGCUAGAUAUCUUCCUUCUGUCUCCAUAGAGGGGAACACGUUGAAUCUAGCCAACAUGAAGAGCCUGCACCCUUCCUGACCCUUCAAGUUUGCCAUAUAUCCCCCUUUAAAGUCUCUACACAUUGGGAGGUUCAGGGAGAUUUUAAAGUCGUGGAAUAGUGGCAUCCAAUGCAACAGAAACUUGUUGCACAGCAGCGGCCCACCUGCUUGUGGGUUAUCUCAGGCAAUGAAGUACUCCUGCUGCAAAGCACCUUGCCAGCAGAAGAAGUAUACCACUAAGUGACAAACGUCAGGAUGCAACCGUCGGUUUGUUGGUCUGUUGGUUGCGUGUGGCUGCUUAGGUGGUCAUGCGUAUUGCUCUAAAUGCUCUUAUGGGCCCUGAUCUCAUUCUAGGAAUCUUGCAACCCCCACAGCAGGCAUGCGGCAGCUUUGGCCCUCCAGAAGUUGCCAGGCGACAACUCCCGUCAUUCCUAGCUUCCUGAGGCUGAUAGGAGCUGUUGUUCCGGGACAUAUGGAGGGCCGGAGGUUCAUCACACCUGCCUUACAGCUUCUGCUUGAAUAUCUCCAGUGACAAAGAGGCCACGGUUGCCCUGAAGCAGCCUCUUCUCCUGUCAAAACAGCUAUUUGCCUGACGUUUUGCCGGAAUCACGUUUUGCAAUUUCAACUGGCUGUUGUUUUAUGCUCUGGAGCAAAAGAGGGAGAUGUAUAUGGAACAUACUGGGGGGGGGGAUGCUUCUUUAAAAACAAAACAAAAAAACCCUUCAGCUGUCUUGUAACAUGAUAGUCUCCAGCCCUGCUCCAUCCACUGAAAUGUGUCCUUGAAUCCGAGAUAUCAUUUCAAUUCUCCGUUGCAGUGUCACCCCCCCCCCCAGCACCUUUUAGCUGUAAUCUUGGCUGAAUGUCUCACUCUCUGUGUGUAUAUAUUUCUCAACUGGGGCAUAAAGAUGCAUGUCUAACAAUCCUGGCAAAUAAAGGGGACAUUGGCCCAACUGGCCUGGA